AUUCCAGGGACACUCUGAACUGAGGUUCUGCGGGGCAGGCUCAGCACAGACAGGGUGGGUGGCGCGGAGGGGCCCUGAAGGACCCAGGGGCCGCCAUGAAGAUCCGCAAUGAGGCGGAGAUGGAGGAGCAGAUCCAGGAGCUGAAGACCAUCACUCGGCUCCAGGACCAAUGUCGGGCGCUGCAGAUCCAGUCGGUGAAGGAGAAGACAGUCAAGAACAAGGCCACGCUGGCUCACCUGCGCAGCAACAUCCGCCGCAAGUCCCAGGAGUGGGCUUCGGCCAAGAAGUACGACCAGUGGACCAUCUCCAGGGCCUGUGGGAAGGACGUGCCCAUGAGGCUGGCCAACAGCCGCUGCACCAUGGAGGUGGCGCGGGAGAAGCUGCGCAAGUAUGUUUUCGACCGCGUGAACGUGCACAACGUGCUGAUCCACUUGGUGCGGCGGCGCGGCCGGAAGCUGGAGAGUAUGCAGCUGGAGCUGGCCGGCCUGAAGAGCCAGCCAGACGCCACCAAGGAGGAGCUGCGCCUGCGGCAGGUCAUCCGUCAGCUGGAGAACAACAUAGAAAAGACGACGAUCAAGAUCACCACAAGCCAAAAUAUCCACUUCCUGUACAUGGACCUGCUGGAUCACCUGAAAAAGAAGCUGGCAGGAUACCCUACAGAGUUGGACAAGCUGCAGAAUCUCGUGGCCGACUAUUGCAUGGAGCUGUCAGACAUGACAGUCAUGUCCAAGGAUGCCAUGAUGAUUACGGAUGAGGUCAAGAUGAACAUGAGUCAAGGGGAGGCCACCUUCAUCGAGGAGCGCCGGGCACGAGAGAACCGGCUGAACCAGCAGAAGAAGCUGAUCGACAAGAUCCACACCAAGGAGACCAGCGAGAAGUACCGCCGGGGCCGGCAGGACUUGGACUUCCCCUCCAACCUGAUGGGUCCAGAAACUCUGAAAGUGAAGAGGAGAGAGGCCUCCAAGGCUGACGUCGAAUACCAGACGAACGUGACUGCUCUGGUGGAGAAGGUCAAGACUGCUGUGCAGUGCUCCCACCUCUGGGACAUUGCUGGCCGGUUCCUGGCUCAGAAGAGCACGGAGGAGGACCUGGAGCUGCAGAUGGAGGACUGUGAGGAGAAGCGGGCGCAGCUGGAGGCCUUGAUGAAGAAGCUGGAGAUAGAGGAGGCCAUGCUCAAGUUCCGCCAGACGCCCAGCUCCGUCAGCUUUAAGUCUGUUGAGAAGAAAAUGAGUGAUAUGCUGAAGGAGGAGGAAGACCGGCUGCAGCUGGCUCACAGCAACAUGACCAAGAGUCAGAAGCUACUGCUGACCAUCGAGACCGGCAUCGACAACCUCUACAUCCGCCUGAUGGGCAUCCCCCUGCCCACGGGCCAGAAGGAAGCAGCGCCCUCGACCACCCUGGACAUGUACAGCAAGCUGGCGUACUGCGAGGGGAGGCUGCUGUACCUGGCUGACCAAGUGCAGAUCCUGGCCGGGACGGAGGAGGUCAACACCAAGGUGAGGGAUGCGCUGGAGUCCUCCACCCUGAAGGAGAAGCAGAACACCAGGAUCAGCUUUGAGGAGAUGGAGGAGGACGUCAUAGAAACCUUCCAGUUCGCCGACGUGGACCACAGCUAUGUGCCCUCGCGGGCCGAGAUCAAGAAGCAGGGUCAGCGGCUGAUCGAGGAGAAGCUCAAGGUGGCCAAGAAGAAGAAGAAGUGACCGGAGGAGGAGGCCGCCCUGCCCCACACCCCGCCCCCACGCUUGCAUUGGUUACACAAAUAAACAUUUUUCCAGGA